AUGAAAAGGGGAAGGUUAAAGCUAAACUUCAUAACUAAUAAAUCGUCAAGAAACCAAACUUUUAAGAAGAGGAAGAGAGGUUUAAUGAAGAAAGCCAAAGAGCUGUCUACCCUCUGCGGUGUCAAAGUUUGUGCGGUUAUCAAGAGCUGCGACAAUACGGAGCCGGAGUUUUGGCCGUCAAGGGAAGGCGCUGAAGCAGUGCACUUGGAGUUUACAAACGCGGUGCAGAGGCAAGGGUUCAGUAAGAUUCAUAACCAUGAGAGUUAUCUGUCGGAGAGGAUCCAGAAAGAUGGAGAGAAGGCAAGGAGGCUACAUGCUGAGAAUCGAGAGAUUGAACUUAGAGAGGUUAUGUUCGAUCUUCUCAAGGGAAAGACGCUGAUGCCUCAUCAGUAUGGUGAUCCAAGUUUUAUGAGAGAGCUGAAUCUUUUCAUUGGUGGUUAUGCCAAUAGGGUAACUUACAGGACCCAGUUCCUCGAGGGGAGUGUUCAGCAUGUUCCUCCUAAUGUCGGUGGUGCAGAUGCACCUGGUCCUGUUGUUGGUGAUGUGAACCCUUUUGUUGUCGGAACCGAGGGUUCGGUAAUUAACCCUACUGAAGCUUAUGAUCAUAUGCGUCAAUAUGAUGGUAUGGAUAUGAGUGUGAAUGAUCAGGCUCCUGAUCAUGUUCAUCAUCAGAAUAUGAAUCAUCAAGAACCAUUUCAAUACCAAUGUCCUACUAACUUUUAUGAUCAGACUCAGCCUAUGUUUUAUGGUUCGAGCCAAGGUAUGAAUACGAAUCAUCAUCAAGAACCUAUUGAAUACCAAACUCCUAACGUUUAUGAUCAGAUCCAGCCUAUGUUCACUGGUUCGAGCCAGGGUAUGAAUAUGCAUUAUCAAGAACCAUUUCAAUACCAACCUCCUGGUAACUUGUAUGAUCAGACGCAGCCUAUGUUCUAUGGUUCGAACAAGGAUAUGUAUACAGGUUUGAAUUAUGAUCAGGGACAGAGUUCAAAUCAGUAUCUAAAUCAGCAGAUGAGUGAUGUUCAAGAUCUUGCAAGCGUUGCUUCCAUGGACCAACAACUACCAGUCACCAGUCAGAUGCCUUCCACCAUCACCACCACCACCGCCGCCGCCGAUCUUUAUGGUCACAGCAUCAACAAUGGUUGGCCAACAAGGUUUGAUUUGGACUGA